UGCAGCUGGACUGCCUCCUAGUCACGGCUCAGGGAACACCCACCCCUCGGUGUGCGUGCAGGCUGCUGCUGAUUCAAAGUCAAAUGUAGUUUGAUACGAGUAGCGUUUCCGCGGAGCUGAGCCGCUAAAAACAUUCUCCCAGCGAACCGGAGCUCCGUUUACCGGAUAUAAAGUGUUCAGAGGAGACGUAAAAUCCUGCCGGGACCGGGGCCACACGCUUGUUACAUUGGUGCCAUGUUUUUCUAACGUUGCCCGGAUUAUUAGAUGAAGCACACACCUGCGGCUCGCUGUCCACUGUGAAGCAGGAUGAACAGAUAUGAAGCUCCAGCGCUCGCCUCUGGCAUCAUCAGCUCCUCGCACAUCAACGGCCAUGGCUCUCAGUCUCCUGAGCCUCCUAAAAACAAAGCCAAGUCUGGUGCCAAAGCUCUCCAUGAACAAGGGAAACACUACACCAAAAACAGCAUCAACAGCCUGACGGACACGUCACAGUACCACGUGGAGCAUCUCACCACAUUCGUAUUGGACCGUAAAGACGGGAUGAUCACGGUGGACGACGGGAUCAGACGUCUCCGUCUGCUGGAUGCCAAAGGUAGAGUGUGGUCUCAGGAGAUGCUGCUGCAGGUGGAGGAGAAGACUGUCAGCCUCAUCGACCUGGAGACAAGGAACGAGCUGGAGAACUUCCCCAUUGGGACAAUCCAGCACUGCCAGGCUGUGAUGAACACCUGCAGCUACGACUCCAUCCUGGCUCUGGUGUGUAAAGAGUCCGGUCAGCCUAAACCAGACCUCCACCUGUUCCAGUGUGACAACAUCAAGGCGAAUCUGAUCCACGCAGACAUCGAAAGUGCCAUGAUCGAUGCCAAAGGAUGCAAAGUGAAGAAGAGACCAGAGACACUGAAGAAGGGGGUGGGACCCACCCCCCCCCCCCCCGCCGCUCCCGCCCCCGAACCCCCUGUAUCGUCUGAGCAGGUGGAUGUAAAGACCCGCGUGGCUGCCUGGUCGGCCUGGACCAAUGAGCAGCAAGACUAUGAGAGGCAGAGGCAGGUGUCAGCGGACGGACCGGUGGACCUGACAGCAGCCAGGGUAGACAGAGACGUGCAAAUCCUGAACCACCUCCUGGACGACAUUGAGUUCUUUGUGACCAAACUUCAUAAGGCCGCCGAGGCCUGUAACGAGCUCUCCAAGAGGAAGAAGACCAAGAAAGGCAAAAAGAAAGGUCCUGGAGAGGGCGUCCUGACUCUACGCUCCAAGUCCCCCAGCGAGGGCGAGUUUGUCGACUGUCUGCAGAAGUUCAAACACGCCUUCAACCAGCUGGAGAAACUGAAGGAUCAUAUCCAGAAUCCCAGCGCUGUGGACCUGCUGCACUUCCUCUUCACUCCCCUCAGCAUGGUGAUCCAGACGUCGGGCAGCGUGGACCUGGCUCGCAGUGUCGUGGUUCCUCUGUUGACCCGAGAGGCCAUCGACUUCCUUCACACCUCAGGAACAGCAGAGGAGAGACACCUGUGGGUCACUCUGGGGGACGGGUGGACCAAAUGCAGGUUGGAGUGGCCGAAGGAUCACUACUUUCCUCCCUGUGCGCUGAAGUUCCGUGAUGGCUGGGAGCCCCCAGCGUUCUCGGUGGGUCCCGGUCGAGAGCAGGAGCUGACCCAGCUGGCGGAGACGCUGGUCAGCGCUGAGAUCCAGAGACACGAGGAGCUGGAGGAGCAGUCGGCGGUGCAGAGGUCCCCCCCCGCAGACGGGUACGCCUUCUCCGACGCCUCCUACAAACGCACGCAGAUCCUGGAUCAGGACAUGGCCGUGGCUGCACUUAAACAGGCCGUUGGUCGCCGUGUAGACCGAAGUUUUGAUGUGGACAGCAGAGGCCAACCGAAACAGUUCGCCAAGUCCAAAUACGACUUCGUGGCACGAAACAACACGGAGCUGUCUGUCCUCAAAGACGAGGUUGUCGAGGUUCUCGAUGACAGGAAGCAGUGGUGGAAGGUUCGUAACGGCUGCGGGGCGUCCGGCUAUGUGCCAAACAACAUCCUGGAGAUGACCAAAGCCGUGGACAUCACUGGCCGAGGAGAGCCCGUCUACAGCCACACCAUCCAGAAGCAGAGUACGAGGACAGACCACAUUCCCAGUAAACCAGGAGCCGCUCCGAUGCCUCCAGCCCCUGUCAGGGUCCCCACGCCUCCACUGCCUCCCCCUGCCGCCGAGCCUGCCAGACCGGCCCCCAUCAGCCGCCAGAACAGUAUCACGUCCAACGGCAGCGUGGCCACGAGGGACCACAACAGCCAGGGACCAGUAGUUGUCGACCGCAGGAAGUCCAACAUGGAGGAGGUUCAGGACGAGCUGAUGCACAGACUGACUCUGGGCCGCAGCACUCAGAAGAAGUUUCAGGUUCCCUGUCGCAGUAACAGCAACCUCCACCCGUCGGUCAGCAUCACCUACGAGUCCACACCCGAUGAGGUCAAAGCCUGGUUGGAGGCCAAAGGCUUCAGCCCCGUCACCAUCACCAGCCUCGGCGUGCUGACUGGAGCUCAGCUGUUUUCUCUCAACAAAGAGGAGCUGAAGACAGUUUGUCCCGACGAUGGCGCUCGAGUCUACAGUCAGGUCACCGUCCAGAAGGCCGCACUGGAGAAGAGUUCAGGCUCUGAGCUCCAGGAGAUCAUGAGGAGGCGGCAGGAGAAGCUGGCAGCCAGCACCUGUGACUCAGGGGUGGAGUCCUUUGAUGAAGGCAGCUCCCACUGAGCUCCACCUGCCGCUGCCCCCUCCCCUCACCCCCUCAACUUGACUUUUUUUCCCCUCUCGCUGUUUCCUCACAUCGUUGAUCCCCAGGCGUUGGCCGACCUCACUGAGUUUGUGGACAUCAUGUGCCGCAGGCAGGAGCUCCUCGGCUCAUCUCCAUAGACAGUAAAAAGAAAAGCCAACCAUCCCAGCGACCUCUGGACCAUCUGCUACUAAAACUCAGAGCGAAUCCUGCCAUGUUUGCCUGAAACUCAUGUUGGCACUGUUGGGCCAUGUUGCUCCGUCUGUGUUUGUAAAAGUGAAGAGAAGCUGCUUGGCAGCUCAUUUUCCAAAGCAAGGCCCCUCGGCUGCAGUUUGUGCCUCUCACCUGUUGCUUUGUGAGGUCAUACAGCCAGACAUUAGUUUCUCUGAAAGACACGACCCUGGCCACACUUAGUGCUGUUUCCACAACCUCGAGCGGCUCUUCUGACCACGGCAGCUACAAAUCUGCAUGUCCACUAAGAAGGUUGUCACCUGAGACGACAGUGUCUUACUCUGGACAUGUCUGUCUGUAGCAGGAGUGCAGCUUAUCACCGACAGCAGCAUCAUAUUUUAUUGCACUGUACAUACUUUGUGCAACAAGACUUUCAGUACUGAGGAUUCUGCAAAUACACACAUCCUUUUAAAAAGUAAUUUGGGUUUGUCUUCCUAGAAACAGAGUCUCUGACCCUGUGACUUCGCUGCAGUGGAGAAACUUGGGAGGCACAAACUGGGCACAUGGUUACUGACUGGUUGCUGGUGCAUCCAGACAUGAAGUCACUGUUGGUGUGGAUAUGUUGUUCUAGGAAACGCAUAAGGACAAUGAUGCCUAUAAUUGUACAGUUCAGAUCUUUUGGCCAAGAGAAUGAUGAUAUUCACAGUAUAAAAUCUUAUUUUAUGGAAAUGUCAAACAUUUAAGUAAAUGAAUAUAAGUGAUAGACCUGCUCAGCUGGAGACGCGACCGGCACCGACUUUAGGACCAUUUCUAAUAUAUGAACAUCCUGUGACUUACUUAGUGAAAGUCUUAGUCUUAUUUUCUGAUAUAUUAUUAGAUUAGUCGAUCAGCAUUUGUGCACAGUGAAGAAUCAGUUUCGUGUUUUGUGGCUGCUUCAUUAAAUUUUUACAGAAAAAUUCUCAAAGCUUCUCCGAAGCCUGGCGUGAGUGUAGUCUGCUGAGUCAGCAGAGUCACUUUAACCUGAUGGAUGCGUCUUCAGGCCCCGCCCGCAGCAACAGGUGUAGGGUCGUAAAGUGCAUGGUUCCUCUGACGGAUCUCUGAGAUUAGAUGGAUGAAACUGGGCUUUUCACCCACUCUGCCCAGUUGAGCCUUGUUGUCUCCAGCUGUGGCACCCUGCAUGUUGAUUCAGUGUUGGCGUUGUUGUCAUACUUCCUGGAACAGUUUACGUAAGCCGUGCGGUUCCUGGGAAAUUAAACCUGACUAAAUGGACACUUUGGACUAAAUGGACUGGGAGGAGGUGGUGUUCCCACCUGAAACAAGUGCACGCAGGUUUUUUUCAGUUUGGACCCAGAGUGGGACGGUUUUUAAUCUUGUGAAUACUAAAACUUUGAGGUUUUACUUCAGUGACGAUUCCUGACCCACUCACUUAGGGCAGCAUGUCCCUACUGUGCUUUCUCUCGGUUCAGCCGCCUGGCGUCGGCCUGGACUGUCUCGCUCCACGCUGUGCUGGAGACGGCGGCGCUAUAGAGCUGAUCUGACAGUGGUGCUCUCUUCACCUGAGCAAGCUCACAAAGGGACAAAGCACUACAGAAUUUUGUUUUUAUAGACUGUACGUUCUCAGAUUCGGCCUUUAUCCCAAGUGCACCUGCUCCCCAGGUGAUUCAGAUGGAAAACCUUGUCCAUUUACCUGGGAUCACUUUAACACUUGAACCAUUUUUAUUCACCAACUUCUACAUCGCUGUGUUCAUUCAGCUGCUCCUGUGAACUCUUCCCCUCAAAGGCCACAAUCCUUUCCUUUCCUUUCCUGGUAGGCCUUCAACGUGAAGAAUCAACAAAGCGUAGCGUUUCACUGGUGGAAGUGGACGUGACUGGAAAGUAAAAUAUGUGUGAACCAUGUGAGCAGUUAUCCUGCAGCUGUCGUUGUGCCCUCAGCGUUUUUUUUUUUUUACCAGAUUAGUUUGUGCGGGCCACAAACGUACUCCACUGUCGGCUCUUAUUUGAGAAUUUACAGGACACUGUUUUUCUGCAAAUAUCAGCGACCAGAAACUGUUCAGAUGGUGGAAUAAACCCAUCAGCAAGCAAAAAAAAAA